UACAGCAACAAAGGCGUGAAGCCUGAGAGAGGCCGGUUCCUGCACUUCCACUCGGUGACCUUUUGGGUCGGCAAUGCCAAACAGGCUGCGUCGUUCUACUGCAGCAAGAUGGGCUUUGAACCGCUAGCCUACAAGGGCCUGGAGACAGGCUCCCGGGAGGUGGUCAGCCACGUGAUCAAGCACGGGAAGUGCCCCUCACCCUUGCUGGCCACAGAGAUGGGCGAUCACCUGGCGAAACACGGUGACGGAGUGAAGGACAUCGCCUUCGAGGUGGAAGACUGUGACUACAUCGUGCAGAAAGCCCGGGAACGGGGCGCCAAGAUCGUGCAGGAGCCCUGGGUGGAGCAGGAUAAGUGUGGAAGGGUGAAGUUUGCUGUGCUGCAGACGUAUGGGGACACCACGCACACCCUGGUGGAGAAGAUGAACUACACUGGCCGCUUCCUGCCUGGAUUCGAAGCCCCAAUAUUCAUGGACCCCCUACUUUCCAAGCUGCCCAGGUGCAAUCUUGAGGUUAUCGACCACAUUGUGGGAAACCAGCCUGACCAGGAGAUGGUGUCCGCCUCUGAAUGGUACCUGAAGAACCUCCAGUUCCACCGUUUCUGGUCCGUGGACGACACGCAGGUGCACACAGAGUACAGCUCUCUGCGCUCCAUUGUGGUGGCCAACUACGAGGAGUCCAUCAAGAUGCCCAUCAACGAGCCGGCGCCAGGCAAGAAGAAGUCUCAGAUCCAGGAAUACGUGGACUAUAAUGGAGGCGCUGGAGUCCAGCACAUUGCUCUCAAGACCGAAGACAUCAUCAUGGCGGUUAGAACCCCAUUCCUGGUCCUAAUCCACGUCUUGUGCAGCUCCAGGGGCAGCCCCUGCAAAUGGAGGGAAGGGGAAGGACUCCCAUACGGGUCCCUGCAGCUUCUGUGA